CAUGGGAGGGGUGGGAUCGGAUUUUUAGUGGGUACAUCCAGGAUCCCUUGCGAGUCUGUCGGUCACCUGAUCUAUUUCCCGCGCUUUUUGACACGUGAGUCUGCUGAACGUGCUUGAAGCGAAGAAGCAAAAUGUCUGAACCUUCGACACCGAGAGGAAGAAAGCGCUCCAGAGCAAGCCCUCCGCCAUCUGAUGCUUCUACAACUAGCACUCGUAGUACCCGCAGCAGCCGAAGGGGUUCACGUGCUACAUCUCCAUCAGCUGCUCCUGUAGUGUCACCCCCAUCUCAACGUCGUCGUGUAGAUGAGCCAUCCUCUCCACUACCCUUAGCACCUACGUCACCAACCGAAGGGCCACAGGACCAAGAUCGCUCACAGUUUUCGUCACCCCAAACCAGAGGAGGGCUAGAGACAAGUGAAAUAGAUCUGAGUUCCCCCCUCAACUAUGCAACACCUAGUUCAAGAGCUGCUGGAACUCCACACGGAAGUGUGGCUGGUACUCCUAUUCGACAUCGCAGUGACAUUCGCAGUGAUCGGCGCAUGCGUCAAGUAAAUCUGGGAGAGAAUCAAGCACCUUCUGAUACCACAGAUCAACCAACAGGACCAACAAGUGAUGCUGCCGCAGCACCUGCACUUGUCAUUUGGGGAACUGAUGUUGUCGUUAGUGUGACUAAGGAGAAAUUUAAAAAAUUUAUCUCUGAAUUUGUAGACGAAGAUGCUGAAGACAUGGGUGAGGGCUUUGACCCAUUUUUGCCGGUCUACAUGCAACGUCUGGAUGAGAUUCACGUCUUGGAGACACCAUUCCUUAGCAUCGACUGUGGUCAUUUGAAGACAUUUGAUGCUGACUUGUACAGACAGCUUAUCUGUUAUCCACAAGAAGUGAUUCCCACUUUUGACAUGGCUGUCAAUGAGGUGUUCUUUGAAAAAUAUCCUGAUGCUCAACUGCAACAUCAAAUUCAGGUCAGAACCUUUAAUGUGGACAAAACAAAGAAUAUGAGAUCUCUUAACCCUGAAGACAUUGAUACUCUGAUUACAAUCAGUGGCAUGGUAAUCAGGACAUCGCAGGUUAUACCAGAGAUGAGAGAAGCAUUCUUCCAGUGUUAUGUUUGCCAUGCUUCAGUGACAGUGGAGAUAGAUCGUGGUCGCAUUUCUGAACCUGCUCUGUGCCGUAACUGUAACACAAACCACAGCAUGGUGUUGAUUCACAACAGGUCACAGUACACAGACAAACAAAUUACCAAGCUGCAGGAAUCUCCAGAUGAUAUGCCUCCUGGACAGACCCCGCACACCAUCAUGUUGUUCUCCCACAAUGACUUGGUAGAUGCUGUGCAACCUGGAGACAGGGUCACAGUGACAGGAAUUUAUAGAGCCACUCCCAUGCGUGUAAAUCCACGUCAAAGAAAUGUGAAGGCUGUUUACAAGACAUACAUUGAUGUUAUUCAUUUCAAGAAAACAGACAAGAAAAGGCUUUAUUCCAAAGAUCCUGAUGGAGUUGUGUCAUUCACUCAAGAAAGAGUUGAGCAACUACAACAGUUGUCAAAACAGCCUGACAUUUAUGAAAGACUUGCAAAAGCUCUGGCCCCUAGCAUCUAUGAAAAUGAAGAUAUUAAAAAAGGAAUCCUCUGUCAACUGUUUGGAGGAGCAAACAAGGAUUUUGCUGACACUGGAAGAGGAAAGUUUAGAUCAGAGGUGAAUAUUCUUCUUUGUGGUGAUCCUGGAACAAGCAAGUCACAGUUGUUACAGUAUGUUCAUAACCUUGUGCCUCGUGGUCAGUACACAUCUGGCAAGGGUUCAUCUGCAGUUGGUUUGACUGCUUAUGUCACAAGAGACCCAGAGACAAGGCAGCUGGUGCUACAGACGGGUGCCCUUGUGUUGAGUGACAAUGGUAUCUGCUGCAUUGACGAGUUUGACAAAAUGAAUGACAGCACCAGAGCAGUCCUUCACGAAGUUAUGGAACAACAAACAUUGUCAAUUGCCAAGGCUGGCAUCAUUUGUCAGUUGAAUGCAAGGACGUCAAUUCUGGCUGCUGCCAAUCCUGUUAAAUCUCAGUGGGAUCCAAAGAUGACAACAGUGGAAAACAUCCAGCUACCACAUACCUUGCUCUCUAGAUUUGAUCUGAUCUUCCUGAUGCUUGAUCCCCAAGAUGAGUUGUACGAUCGUCGUCUGGCAACUCAUUUAGUGUCGUUAUACCAUCAGACACAGGAAGAAGAGGAGGAGGAGUAUCUUGAUAUGAGUAUAUUAAAGGACUACAUUGCUUAUGCUCGUUCUUAUGUGAACCCUAAACUCAGUGAGGAGGCAGCUCAGUACCUCAUUCAGGCUUAUGUGGAGAUGCGUCAGGUUGGUAGUAGUCGUGGAGCAGUCACUGCUUAUCCUCGUCAGCUUGAGUCAUUGAUUCGUCUGGCUGAGGCUCAUGCUAGGAUGAGGCUCUCAUCUAAAGUUGAAAACGUGGAUGUAGAGGAAGCCAGAAGACUUCACCGUGAAGCUCUGAAACAGUCAGCCACUGACCCCAAGACUGGACUGAUUGACAUCAACAUCCUGACAACUGGUUUGAGCGUGUCUGACAGGAAAAGGCGACUUGAGAUUGCCAAGUCCCUGAAAGAACUGUUACAGAGUAAAGGCAAAGCUCCUAGUGUUAAGUAUCAGCAGACUUUCGAGGAGCUCAAAGAAGCUUCUGAUCUGCCAAUUUCUCGAGAGCAGUUCGAAGAUGCACUUAAGAUCUUACGAGAUGAAGAUUUCUUAAUUGUGACAGGAAGAACAUCCAUUCGCCUGAUGUGAAAACAACAUUCAAGAGAAAAAUUCUUCUUUGAUUCUUCAACAAAAAAGUCUAUAUGUGUUUAUAUUUAAUUUUCGUCUGUUGUUGUAAGCAAAACCAUGUCAAUGUGUUGUGUUUGGCCGCCUAUGCAUGAAUGCUGUUUCGCUUUGUGAAGUGCAGAAAUUUCUAAUGUAAAGGAAACAGUCAGUGGCCUGUGGCCCCAUCACUGCUUCAACUGCUUUUAUACAUUGUAAACUUACUAUCGGUAUUGUGAAAGUGAUCCCACAAAUGGUAGUUUGAUUAUGUGAUUGGUGUCGUUUGUUUUUCAAGAGAAAUAAAGCCUUUUGCAAGAUGUAAAUUAUUACUUCAGUCCUCUCUUUUGGGUCUUGGGUGUGUCUUAGUGAUGGAGAGGAAGGGUGGGGAGAGUUAAAUGUCGUAAAUACAGGCUUAAAGCUGCAUGAUAAAUGAGUUUUCGACCAACCAAUAGAAAUCGCUUUGCUCUCGGAAUUUUUCUGUUUCGCGCUCGCCGAAAUUUUUUUCCGUCCUCGCCGGGAGCCUGUUCGCAGGAUAAGGAAUGAUGACUUUGUAGGACAAAACAUUCUAAAAGAAAUACAGUGAACUCUCUCAGGGUGAUGGGCUCCUGACUCUCUGACGUGGACAUACUCGGGAUCAACUCCAGUUCUUGGCCUUUCAAGUGUUCACCUUAUGGAGAGUUUAUGUAACUUGACACUACAGGAUGCAUUAGCGUCAGAACUGAAAUAAAUUUUUAAAUGUAAAAAUGCGA